AUGAAGGAAGAGGUGAAAGGCAUCCCGGUCAAGGUGGCCCUUCGCUGCCGCCCACUUCUCCCCAGGGAGCUGGAGGAAGGCUGCCAAACUUGCCUUUCCUUUGUACCUGGAGAGCCCCAGGUGGUGGUUGGCAGUGGCGAAAAAUGCUUCACCUACGACUUUGUGUUUGAUCCCUCAGCGGAGCAGGAAGAAGUUUUCAACUUGGCAGUCGCCCCUCUCAUAAAGGGCAUCUUUCAAGGGUAUAAUGCAACUGUUCUGGCCUAUGGACAGACUGGCUCUGGAAAAACCUUUUCAAUGGGAAGUGCUUAUACUGCAGCUCAGGAGAACGAGCCAACAGUUGGAGUCAUCCCUCGGGUCAUUCAGCUCCUUUUCACUGAAAUGGACAAGAAGGUGGACUUUGAAUUUCUCCUGAAAGUGUCUUAUCUGGAGAUCUACAAUGAGGAAAUUCUAGACCUUCUGUCCCCAUCUCGAGAGAAAUCCUCACAGAUAAAUAUACGGGAAGAUCCUAAGGAAGGAAUAAAGAUCAUAGGACUCACUGAAAAAACUGUUUCACUUGCCAUGGACACCGUGUCCUGCUUGGAGCAGGGCAACAACUGUAGGACUGUGGCCUCCACAGCUAUGAACUCCCAGUCUUCCCGAUCUCAUGCCAUCUUCACCAUCUCUGUAGAGCAGAGAAAGAAAAGUGACAAGAAUAGUACCUUUCGUUGUAAGCUGCAUCUCGUGGACUUGGCUGGUUCAGAAAGGCAGAAGAAGACCAAGGCUGAAGGAGAUCGUCUAAAAGAAGGUAUUAAUAUUAACAGAGGACUCCUGUGCCUGGGAAAUGUAAUUAGUGCACUCGGAGAUGACAAAAAGGGUGGCUUUAUCCCCUACAGAGAUUCCAAGUUAACCCGUCUGCUUCAAGAUUCACUAGGAGGUAAUAGCCACACUCUUAUGAUUGCCUGCGUGAGUCCCGCAGACUCCAAUUUAGAAGAAACAGUCAAUACGCUGCGCUAUGCCGACAGAGCAAGAAAAAUCAAGAAUAAGCCCAUUGUCAACAUUGAUCCCCAGACGGCUGAGCUUAACCAGCUGAAGCAGCAGGUACAGCAGCUACAAGUCUUAUUGCUACAAGCUCAUGGAGGGACCCUGCCAGUGUCUAUCAAUGUGGAGCCAUCAGAAAAUCUACAGUCCCUAAUGGAAAAGAACCACUCCUUGACAGAGGAGAAUGAAAAGCUGAGCCGAGGAUUGAGCGAGGCAGCUGGUCAGACAGCCCAGAUGUUGGAGAGGAUCAUUUUGACAGAACAAGCGAAUGACAAGAUGAGUGUGAAGCUUGAAGAACUCAAGCAACACCCAGCGUGCAAGCUUGAUCUGCAAAAGCUGAUAGAGUCUCUGGAUGACCAAGAGUUAAAAGAAAAUUUGGAGAUAAUUCAUAGUCUGCAGCAUGUGAUAACUCAGCUCUCAGUAAGCCAAGAUGAAGCUGCUCUCUGCCUGGCUUCAGCUGCCGAUGUGCCUGCUGAGCCCAGUGCCGCUCAGGUGGAAACUAGUCCUAACACCAGCAGGUCCUCUGAAGGUUUCACUACUCAGCAUGCACUCCGCCAGGCUCAGAUGUCCAAGGAGCUGCUAGAGCUGAAUAAAGCCCUUGCUUUGAAAGAGGCCCUAGCCAAGAAAAUUACUCAGAAUGACAGUCACCUGCAGCCCAUACAGUUCCAGUACCAGGAUAACAUGAAAAGCCUGGAGUUGGAAGUCGCCAGUCUACAAAAAGAAAAGGAAGACUUGCUCUUUCUGCUUAAUUCCGCAAAGAAGGAUGUCAACCAAGCCAAGUUGAGCGAACGUCGUCGAAAACGCCUCCAGGAGCUAGAAGGGCAAAUUAUUGAGCUGAAGAAAAAAUUGAAUGAGCAGUCAAAGCUUCUGAAGUUAAAAGAAUCCACAGAGCACACAGUCUCCAAACUUAACCAGGAAAUACGGUUGAUGAAAAGCCAAAGAGUACAGCUAAUGCGUCAGAUGAAAGAAGAUGCUGAAAAAUUUCGGCAGUGGAAGCAACAAAAAGACAAGGAAGUAAUCCAGCUUAAAGAACGAGAUCGUAAGAGGCAGUAUGAACUGCUCAAGCUUGAAAAGGACUUUCAGAAACAAUCCAAUGUCCUCAGACGGAAAACCGAGGAGGCAGCAGCUGCCAACAGGCGCCUCAGGGAUGCUCUGCAGAAACAACGAGAGGCUGCAGAUAAGCGGAAAGAGAGCCAGAGCCGCGGAAUGGAGGGGACUGCAGCCCGGGUGAAGAGGGACUAUGCUUCUUUUGAAGGACUUUGA